AUUUCUCUUAUUAUAACCUCAGUUUUUGAAUAUGAAACGUUUGGAAUGCCACAAUGUUAUGUUUAAUUUUGAAUAAUCCGCAGUUGUUCACGAUUAAUUCCAUGUGAAACUCUUAAAAACAAUACGAAAUUCUGUGAGUUAAUAGUGGUAAAAAUGUCCUUAAUACCCACGGAGGACGUUUGGAACUCCCUCAAGGAACUGAGGACCACUGUUUGGAAAUACUUGAAUCAGCCACACGAAUCGGAUUUACCUUCCGCCGAUUUCGAAAACAUCCUAAGAAAACAUAAACAGCACUUUUUUAAUUUGCUGCACAACCCUCCCAAAAAUGCAAAGAAACGGGAAGAACUAAAAAGUGGCAUGGUAAAUGGCAUGUACGUAAAAGGCCUGGGCAGUCAGGAAUUGUCCAAAGAGCUGUAUCAAGAAACUAUAAUUUUAUCGGACAUGUUCGAUCUCAAUGAACUAGUUGCUUUGGAUUUGUUAUGCACUGCCCAAAUCCAAAUGCCUUAUUAUCCUGGUUUGGCAAGAGGUUUAGUGGCAGUACUUUUAUAUUAUGAUGGACGUAAAGCUUUGUUGUCUACUCUGCUGUGUCUAGUGCAGGCGCGAAAUGGCAUUCAAUGGCGUGUGAAUGUCAAACCUGAGUUAUCCCGGUUUGUAACCGAUUACACAGACCAACUAUUAGAUGGAGGCAUUCUAAUUAGAGUCUUGGAAUUACUUACAUUGCUGGACUGGGGCAAAGAAUAUCACAUGCUACAAGAAAAUUUAGCACUAGGUGACGCGAAACACCGGCGUCAAAUCACAGAUUUAUUCAACGAUAUAAGGACAAUUCUGGCAGAUGUAAUGUUUUCCUGGGCCACACAAUGUGGGUUACCAAAAGACUGCACUAUUGCACUUUUAAACCAUUUGAAACAAGUGAAAAUUGAAUUUGAAGCAUCUGGAUACAUUGACGAUGUUAUUUUGUAUUUGCAAAUGGCUUUAUUGUCAGCCAUCGAUCUCAGUAUCUUCCAUACAAGAGAAGAUGGGGAAGAAGCAGUUCAAUCAUUACCCAUCCUGUCUGAUACAACAUUUAUUUCAGAUGUUGCAAACGAAUUAUUACCACCCUGUUCUGAGUGGGCAUGCGAAGGUUUACAGGCACUUACAACCUUCGGAAUGUCGGUGUGUUUAGCAUCUUUAAGAGUUUUGCCUCAAAACUACGUCUACCAAGAUGCUAUUAACAAAGAAGAUGUGUUAGUGGACAUGGCUAUUGAAAUGAACGUAUUCACAUUCUUGCAUAAUAUAAUACUUGAAAGUAAAACACUUUACCAAGAGCAAUUCUUAUACAAAAGAAUGCACAAUCUGCUCACAGAUUUUGUCGUUUACAUGUAUCCGAAAGUAAAGGAUUUGAGAAUGAAAGCAAAUGAAGUUUCGAGAACUUUGCAAGUGUAUAUAAGAGAAGGUCUGGAAGCUCCCGCCAGUUUACCAAGGUAUUUCGAAUAUUUGUUGUUAAGUAUAGGGAAAUUCUAUACUAAUAAUAUCUUGGAUGGUGAAUACAACCUAAACUGGUGGAGUCCUAUUGAAAUAAAUCCUGACAAUAGCUUAAAUAUUAGAAUUCCCCCCAGAUCUGUAGCUCUAUUCAAGCUUAUAAAACUGGCGGGUGACAUUUUGCCAGCUACAUUGUUUGUGCCUUUCAUUAAAAUGUUGAGUGGUUUGUCGGGGACUGCCGAAACUGCCAAAUAUUGUUUUAAUUUACUAAAGCAAUCAGGAGUUCAUUUGUCGCAUACGCUCACUUGGGACCAUUUCUUCCAAUCUUUCUCGCAAUAUUUUAACAACCUCAGGCAAGAGGCCCCUCCGCAGGCUGACACGGUCUAUCGAUUAAGACCCGGCUAUCACAAGGGAGUCAACCCUCAAGAAUUAGAAGGACUCCAAGCGGUAUUGUUACUAAUCAGAACUGUUGCCGACCAAGAUCAAUUCGUUCGAUUGGCGAUUUGCGAACAUCCGGGCUGGACUCCAUUGAAUGUUCUCUUAGGACUGGUUAGCUGUUCAGUUCCUCUCCCUUUUAAAGCAGACUUGCUGCUCACUUUAGCCUCCUUAUCAAAAUCAGUCAGCAAUGCCAAUCGAAUGUGGAACAAUUUAGAGGCAUCACAGAUUUUGGUGACAAUUCCUACGACUUCCAGUUACGUCCCCAAGGGCAUCGAAACGGAGCUUGAUGAAAUCGAGUCGCGCUUGGAAGAAUAUCCGCUUACCAGAGCCGUUUUGUGUUUGCUGGACACUUUAACAAACUUCGAAAUACCCAGAACAUUAGGAGCUGGUCCGAGAAAGCCGGGUUUUGAACCGUACUUUGAUUUCAUUAUCAAUUCGGUUUUCCUGAAAUUUAAUUCCAGAUCGUACCGAAAUAUAGUGGAAAAAUGGGAAGUUGCACAUCUUUGCUUGAAACUUUUCGAAAAGUUCCUCAACCAAUACGAUCCCAUGGUGAGAGACUUUCGCCAACAAACAGAUGUUUCGCAAUUUAACUGUCCUCCAGGUUAUCAUUUAAUGAUACAGUUGAAUAACAACACAGAGGCCUUAAAUAUUGUACUUGAUAUGAUUGAUGAAGGGAGUCAUUAUUUCGAAUCAUAUGUAUCAUUCCCGGGAUUGGAAAAAGUGAAAGAUUGCACCUUAUGCUGUCUUAACAUCAUUCUCCGGACCUUGUAUUUGUUUAAUACGUUUUUAAGCAAGCUAACCGUGGCGGCUGGAGACACUAGAGUUCUUAGCUCUGUCGGUAAACUCCUAAUGGCAAUUAACAGACGAUCGGGCAAGCCAGAUCAUUGUAUUAACAUUGCUAAAUAUGUUUGCUACCAACAAUAUUUACCCAAACAUGCGUUGGUGGCUGUUAAGAUUCUUAAACACAUUACCUCAACAGUAAUAAGCCACAAUACGUUCAUGAGUAUUCUUACAACUUCCGAAAAUACACAGGAGAUCAUUAAAAAUGGGUUUAUUCAAUCCUUGGAAUCUCAGCAUGAUGCCACAUCAAUUGGAAAUAGCACCAAAACUGAAAUUUUAGGACUCAUGAAGCAAUGUCUCGGAUAUAACUCGCCUAAUUUCACACACUUUUUGAUGGGUUUCGAUCUGAUGCGUGAUGUGUCGAAGACUGAAUUUCAAUACCCUGGAGUAAUGGGAUUCCCUAGAACUUGCAUUCAUUCUCUGCUAUCGAUAUUGGAAUCAGUAAUUUCCAAAACAGUACAACCACCAAGCGUUGCUAUACUGGAAUCUUGCUACCAUUUGGUGUAUCUGCUGGCUUCAAACCCCAAAACCAGCACACCAUUCCUGAGAUUCAUUCGUCUUAAUAAAAUGUUUUUCAUCUCCCAUUUGAAAGAGUGCAAAACGGAUAUGAACAAAAGUCCAAAGAAUCUUAGAAAAAUCUCUUGGCUGAUGAAGACCUUAGCUGUUGAGAUGAAAGUGGGCAGCAAUUGGAAGCAAGUUACUUAUCUCAAACAACUUACCACUUUUCUCGGUAAUGUUCCUACAGGUGAAGAGGGCCAAGACACAAUGUUUUUGUAUCAGUCGUUUAACAUCGAAUUGAAAAAUCUACAUGGUGUUCCUGAAAUAGUGGACCCUACUACAGGCGCCCAAGUAACGGAUAAUAAGAUAUUACAAAAAUAUGCCGAUGCUUGUGAAUCUCUGGUGGAAUUUGUGAACGCAUGGAGACAGGUAGUCGAGGUAGUUGUAACCUGUAUUCCCUUGGAGAUUCUCAAUGCGCGAGAGCAGCAAGUUUUCAGCAUUACCUUGUUGCUUUGCCUAUUAAGGAAAGUGGUGCGAUCUGAUUUGCUGCCGGAAGUUUACAGAUUAUUAUCUGGAUCUGUUUUGCUCAUUAUGAACAAUAUCAAACGGCAUUAUUUAAAGGAAAAAGGAGAAUUUAACGUGGUGACUUACUAUCUGGGGUCCCUUAAAGAUAUAUUAGACUCUUUAGUACGAUGGAUAAUGACUUCAGACGUUGUUGAUGGAGAGCUGCGGAUUAAUUUAUAUGCCGCAUUGGUUACUUUCUUACAAAUGACAAGCGUUGACAUGGAUAUUCAUCAGGAUAGGCUUAAUAAUACCGUUUAUGUUCCAACUCUGGAUGGCCCAAGGUCUAACAUCAAUCCUAAAGACAGACAAAUCAAGCUAUCGACAGACAUUAUAGACAACUUUGGAGAAAAACUCAUGGAAAUAUUAUGUCAUGAUUGCUUAGGAGGACAAGAAGUUUGCAAAAUUCUGGCAAUGUCCAGCUACAGCCACUUAAUGGCCCUCAGCGUUAACAACAAUUGGGCAAUUUACAUUUCUGCACACGGUUUUUUGAGGCAUAUUAUUCAGAGCAUUUUAGAAAGCGACGGUGAAUUGAAAGCAAUGCUGGAGCCGGGAUUCGGAAAUGUAAAACCUUUAUACUUAUAUCUAGCUAAAAUGGUAUUAUUGACCCGUUUGGCAAGUUCGAAGAUGGGGGCCCAAAUGCUACUAGAGCAGAAGCUCCUUGGUGUUUUUAGUAACAUGUCCGUCUACAGGCUACAUCCAGAAGUAUCCACAGUUUGGAAAGGAGAAGAGAUUCUGGACAACUUUUUGCCCGCGCCAGAACAACAGUACCUUCAAAUGUUUAUGCCUGCUUUGGAUCUUUGUAACGCCAUUCUAACAACCCUUGGCACAGAAAAUCAAUCGGCCAUAACGCAAAUCAUGUAUUUCUUAUUUAGCCAUCAAGAUGUAAUUGAACUUAUCUUAAGAUCCGGAGAUACAGAUUUAUCAGCUACAUCCCUCAAAGAGCUAGCGGUUUUGACUUCAGUAGUCUCCCGAGCCGCGAGUAACAAUAUGAUCAAUGUUUUAGAGAACCCUAACAUAGUGUUGAGCAACAGGGCUCAGUUGUAUCGGUUACAAAAACUGAUGUUAAGUCUACUACCAAAAUUCAUGUUAAGCGAAGAUAAUAUUAAAACGCUUCUUACACAGUCCAACGCGGAAAAUACUUCCUAUCCAACGUCGGAUCGUCUGUUAUAUGCCUUGCAAGUAGCAACAAAUGUUUUAUGGUAUGCACGCAACAUUAUUGCAAACAACGACGUAGAACAUGGAGAAGUGGGAGUUCUUUUCUAUCCUUCGCUCUGCGAUCCACAAGGAAAUAUUUUCUCCAAAAAGAUUCUGGGCCACUCCAGCGAACAAGAGCCAAGUCUAGGGUUGGUUGUACAACAAUUGAUAUACACAGUCACUUACAUUCAGCAGCGCAAAGUCACUUUCGAUCUACUAGCUAGAAAACUUCAGGAUGUUCCAGACAUGAAUUCAAUGGACUUGAGAGAGUUUAUUGAGGAUCAUUUGGAAAUGGCAGAUUUGUCAGUGAAAAGAGAAAGGGCAUUUGAAAUUAUUUCAGAGAAGUUGGAAAAAAAGAAAAAGGAAAUGGAAUAUUGCUCUUUCAUAAUUGAAAAUGCGUUAUACUUGAUUUGGGCUCAUUUGGACUACUUUAUGUUGCGCGCCACUCCGAAUCCUCGGAGCACCGUGUACAUUCAUCCGAAUUCCAUAGGCUCUUUAGAUGCCACUGUACCUGCCAGUUCAGAAUGUAUCUGGAAAGUAUCAAAUGAUGUUAUAGUAUCACUGAAAAGGAGACUCAUUUCGAUAUUUAAUGAUAGCUUUAGCGAACAGCUAUUGGAGGUGUCACAGGACCGCACAGAAGCCGAUAGGGGAUUUACCGAGGCUUUGCUGCGAAAAUGUAAGCGACUUAUACAAUUUGUACGCGCUUUAUAAAUCACUUGAAACUUUAAACCAAUGAAUUUUGUGGGGUAUUAUCACCUACUGUGAAAUUGUUCUUUUUAAGGGAAACUGGUACACAUGUAAUAGUUAUGAAUAAAAAUAAAAAAUUAUGAUUACCACGAAA